ACAGUACUAUGCGUACCUGACAGACACUCAGUGUAAGCGAGUUGGCACACAGUGYUGGGUGUUUGGAGCUAUUGCGUUCCUGGAGGCUCUUGCUUGUGUGAAAUUUGGUCUGGACGUCUUUUCUAAGACCCAAGUUCACUAUGUUGUCCUGUGGUUGAUCUGCCUGGCACUCAUCACACUCCUAUGUUUGUAUGGCAUGGUAUGGUACGAACAACAUAAAAUGAAGAAUAUUGCUUUGCAAAGCGACGAUGGUGACGACAGCGGUGUUGUUGAUUCUUCUUCAGCUCAGACGGAUUCUCUGGGAAGUUUGCCAAGUAGAAAACGGAGGAAGGCCUCUGCUCGGAACAGAUUUGUGAACAGCCAUGGGAGAAGGAGACUUUGAAGAACACUAAUAAWAAGUAUUUAAAGAAGAUGAACGGAUGUUACCUUUUUAACAGUAGGAAUUGUGCCAGUGAUUCAGUGACCUAAAAAAAMCUUUCAGCAAAGUUUGCAAAAAGGAAGAAAACGCAACAAGAACUAAAACUAGACAAAAUUGCACACUGAUGUCUGGAUUUAUUUUAGAACCAACAAAAGGCACAGGAUAGUUAAAUUAACAGGUUUUAUUGGACUGUUACUUAGCAGCUUCUUGUUCGUCCAACACUGUGUAGAAAAUGACAUUUUGUUCUUGUCCUGAGGACUGUCCUGAAGUUCUUUCUGUGAGUCAAAGUUACAUAUUUAAAUAUCUACUGAUUUUUUUUCUUCUUGUGAAAAGGGCUACUUUUUAAGAUGUGUUUUAUUCAGUUGUUAAAAUGUUGUUUAUUGUUUUGUAUUAUUGUCAUUUAGAUAGGUGUGUAAGAUAACUGUGAAUGUCUAUGUAGUGACACUGGAUAAGCACUUCUUUGGGAAAAAAAGAACAAAAGUUUUGAAUUUUCUUAUAAAACUACUGUGUGUGGUUUUUAACUCAACUCGAGGACCUGUUUUUUAUCUUUAUAUUUCACGUGUGCAUUAGUUGUUUUGUUUAGCACUAAUAUUACUGAUUGAUUCCAGUUCUUUAUAACUGCUCUAAAUAUAUAAAACCUAUUUUUGUAUAAAAUGUGUUUAUUGUUACGCUAAUGCACUCAGCAGCAUUACUGAUUGUGAUUCAUGUAAGUAUUUUUGCUGGAUUUUCUAUGCACAAAUGAAUAACCAAACGGAAUAAAUUAGUUUUUUUUUAAUGUGU